AUGUUGUCUGCAGCUAGAUUGCAAUUUGCCCAGGGGUCAGUUAGAAGAUUGACUGUGUCAGCCAGAGACGCUCCUAGUAAAGUGUCUACUUUGGCUGUCAAGGUCCAUGGUGGAUCCCGUUAUGCAACCAAGGACGGUGUAGCCCAUCUUUUGAACAGGUUCAACUUCCAGAAUACAAAUGCUAGGUCUGCGUUGAGAUUGGUCAGAGAAUCCGAAUUAUUAGGGGGAAAUUUUAAGUCCACUUUGGAUAGGGAAUACAUCACUCUAAAAGCUACAUUCUUGAGGGACGACCUUCCUUACUAUGUCAAUGCCUUGGCAGAUGUGUUGUAUAAGACUGCCUUCAAACCCCACGAGCUGUCUGAAUCUGUUUUGCCUGCUGCCAGAUACGAUUAUGCGGUUGCUGAGCAGUGCCCCGUAAAAAGCGCAGAAGAACAGUUAUUCGCUAUUACAUUCAGAAAGGGCUUGGGAAACCCAUUGUAUUACGACGGCGUGGAAAAAGUCAGCUUGCAAGAUAUCAAGGAUUACGCUGACAAAGUCUACACUAAAGAGAAUCUUGAAAUUACAGGUGAAAAUAUUGUCGAGGCCGAUUUGAAAAGGUUUGUUGACGAUUCCUUGUUGGCCACCUUGCCCACAGGCAAAUCGUUGGUAAGCAAAUCCGAACCAAAAUCUUUCCUAGGUGAAGAAAACAGACUAAGAUUCCUCGGUGAGUCCGUUGCUGCCAUCGGUGUUCCUGUGAACAAGGCAUCUUUAGCCCAAUACGAAGUCUUGGCCAGCUAUUUGACCUCCGCACUUUCCGAUGUAUCCGGCUUGGUCAACACUGCCAAAGUAGAAAAAUUCAGUGACGGUGGUCUCUUCACUUUGACUGUCAGAAAUCAAGACAGCUCUGUGGUGUCUGCAAACAUUAAGAAGAUUGUUGCAGACUUGAAAAAGGGUAAGGAUUUAGCACCUGCUGUAAAUUACACUCAAUUGAAGAACGCUGUACAGAAUGGGCCUGUUUUGAAACUCGACGGCGUGAAAGACUUCAAGCUGGGCAAGUUCAACUACGUGGCUGUUGGUGAUGUUUCAAACUUGCCAUAUUUGGAUGAAUUGUAA